AGCGAACUCUGCUUGACAGAGUAACAAGUUGUUGUGGUGGUAAACUGCUCUUUCGUUGUUCUUGUUGCUGAAUUUCUCUCGUGCCUGUUCUCCGAGAGAGCAUGAGCACGUGUGCCUGUGAGUGUGUGAGUUAGUAAAUGGGCAUUCGUUUAUGUGCACACACACAUACACAUGGCUGUGUAUGCUGUGUUCAUGCUCUUCGCCGCAAACGUGUUGAACUCGCUUUGGAGCAAGCACAGCUUCGACAGGACAACGUUCGCCGAAUUAAAAUCACAUCCUUCUGUUAAUUCGAAGAGUGAACAACAAUUGCCGCAAUACUCGCAGUUACCAGUUGUUUUAUUCGUGUAAACUUGACCAGCGCGCAUAGAAUAUCGCAAUCGUUUGCGGUCAAUUUAAAUAAAUAUUUUAAAAUGGACAUAUCAGCCUACCAGCAUAUGAAUAUUCGAAUGAGUACUCGGGGCAAACGCCCACUACGAAAUUUAACGCCGAACGAUAAAGUGCGGGCAAUUCAAAGAAUUCAUAAUGGCGAAACAAAAGCCAGUGUUUCCAGGGACAUAGGAGUUCCAGAAUCAACGCUACGUGGUUGGUGUAAAAAUGAGCAAAAAUUAAGAUUCAUGUGCCGUCAAUUGGGCACAGACAACUUGGGGCUGCCCAGCCUUGAUACGCCUCCAGAAAAACGCGCCAAAUUCGAACUACAAUUGCUGCCUCCGAAAUUUGCAACAAUGCCCAAUUAUGAUGAUCUCAGCAUUGGCAGUUUGCCGUGCCAAGCGAUGACCUACACAACUCACAACGAGGCACUGCUGGAAAAGUUUGCAUUAGUCGAGUUUAUAAAACAAAAGAGCUUGAACCCCGAAGCAAUCCAGCAAAUAACGGAAGCCCACGCUGCCAGCAAAGAUUCCGCUUCACCAGUGUCGGGCUAUUCAACCAGCAAUAUGGUGCAUCAGAUUAACUUAUUGGCACUUUUCAAUUCCAAGUUGUCGCCCAAGCUUAAUUUUACGGAACCAAACAACAUACCGAAUCCAAAGCCUGACUGCACUCCUACUACGCUAGAAGAAGCCAAAAAAUAUAAUUGUCCCUUGCUGAGUGUGAAGAACUGGGCGAAGGAUCCAGCCAAGCACAAUCCAUCGCCCACCCAAACUCAAUACAUUAAUGAUAAUAACAAUAAUGAUAUUGACUGUGCUUUUACAUCCACAACAACUCCAAGCAUGAACAACAACCAGGCUGCGCUUCCUUCCAUGAUUCAACCCAUAUUCGAAGCUCAAUCAAGCCAAACAGCUGUAAAUUCUACACAAGUGGCAGAUGGCGAUGGCCAGGGUGGAGCUCUUUUGGAUUGGUGUAAAAUGUUCAGCGCAAGUUUGAAUUUCUUUGCAUUCGCUGCAGCUGCUGCUGCUUCUAUGCAUCCUGCAGUUGAUGGGCUGCCUAGUGCGAUGGAGUCGACAAGUGGAACGAAUGAUGUGCUGAAGCGGUUGAGUCCUUCGGUUCACAGCGAGUCUUCCAAAGAAAGUUUUUAUGACAGCGAACCAGAAGAUCUGUCUGUGCGGUCGAGUGCUUCAAAAGUCUCCAGUCCGGCUAACAGCAGAUCACACAGUCCCGAUAAAAGCAGUACGGCCAGCACUUCAAUACAUAGCGAUGCUGAUCAAUAGUCAAUUUCGGAGCUACCACUGUAGAUAAUUCUAAAGUAUUUCUAAUUCUUGAAUCGUCCUUAAGUAGCGUAGUCAAAUCCAAUCCCAUCCUAUAAGUUAUUCUUCCCGGGCAAGAUAACAGUUGCAAGUUUAAUCUUAAAAUUGUAUCCAAGCAAUAAUACCUAUGAAAUUAUUACAACUUAUUACAACUAAUUAGUUUUAAUGUCGCAACAUAACCAUCAUUGACUGUGUAUAAAAACCAAAUGCAAUAAGCCUCCAAAAGUAAAAGUUC